AAAUAAAAGCGGAGUAGUUUAUGGGUUUUUUUAGUAGUAUAUUAGGUAAUAAGAAAUCAAAGCAAAGGGGUAGGGUACACAUGGCGUAGGAAAACAGGCAUCGUUUUCACUUUCAGUGCAAAGUGUCGGUGGUGUAAGGACCCCAAAAAUGGUUUAAACUUAUUCUUGGGCGACCCUGGUUUUUAUUUUUUGAGUUUUGAAUUUCCUUUUUUUGGGGGGCUUCGCUUUUAUUACAGAAUUUUGAAAGAGAAAAGAAGAAAUGGGGAUUGAUUUGAGGCAAGUAGUGGCCGGUAUUCUCACUCUCACCAUGUUUGUGAUGCUUGGUCAAAUGAUCAAAAGAGACCAUUUUGAUUCUCUCCAAGAUAAACUUCCUGGAGAAGCUCAGGAUGUUCAAGUUGAUAAUGCCAAUGUUAUUGAGAAGGAUGGCCUUGUAAAGCCUUCGAAGGGGAGCAAAGGGCCUUGGAUGAAGGACAGUCAAGAGCUAAAACCGUGUUGGAGCAGGACCACUUUUGAUGGAAUAGAGCAGUCAAGAGGGUAUGUUACUUUCUCAUUGACUAAUGGUCCAGAAUACCAUGUCUCUCAGAUGGCUGAUGCCGUAGUAGUAGCAAGGUACCUAGAGGCAGCACUUGUACUUCCAGAUAUUAGAGGAAGCAGACCUGGUGACGAAAGAAACUUUGAAGAUAUUUAUGAUGUUGAGAAGUUCAUGAAAAGCCUCAAUGGGGUUGUCAAAGUAGUGAAAGAACUACCCAAUGAAAUAUCAAUUCGGGAUCUUGCUGCUGUGAAGGUUCCCAAUAGGGUCACCGAAGAUCACAUUGUGGAAAAUGUACAACCAAUUUUUAAAUCAAAGGGAAACAUAAGGCUUGCUACCUACUUCCCUACUGUAAAUAUGAGAAAAACUACACAAAAGAGUUGUGUUGAUUCAGUCUCAUGUUUGGGAAUGUUUGGAACUUUAGAGUUGCAAGCAGAGGUCAGUGAAGUUGUUGAUUCAAUGAUUGAACGGCUUAGAACUUUGAGUCGCAAAUCUGAUGGCCUGUUUAUAGCAGUGGACUUGAGGGUUGAUGUAUUGGAGAAUAAGAAUUGUCAUGGUAGUGGUACUAAUGUAGCAAAAAGUUGUUAUAAUGCACAGGAGAUUGCUUUGUUUUUGAGGAAGGUAGGAUUUGAUACCGAUACCACUAUAUACCUGACUCAAUCAAAGUGGGACAACAGCCUUAGUGUCCUCAAGGAUAUCUUCCCUAAAACAUACACAAAGGAAAACAUUAUGCCAGAGGAGAAGAAGGGGAAGUUUCUUGAAUUUGAAGGUUCAGAACUGGAGAAGGUUAUAGAUUUCUACAUAUGUUCCAAGAGUGAUGUUUUUGUCCCAGCCUUAUCUGGCCUGUUUUAUGCCAAUGUAGUUGGAAAAAGAAUAGCUUUAGGAAAGCCUCAAAUCCUCGUUCCAGCCGAUAUACCUGGUACAUCCGCAGCAGUCAUGAACUACCUCGCUCCUUAUGUUGCCAAGAAGAACCACUUGGCUUAUUCAUGCUUUUGCUAGCCUUCUUUCAAGGAAAUCCUUCAUAAAUGGUUAUGGGGCCUUCCCAUUUACCUCAAGUCAUUGAGUCCUUUUGGGUGACUGGAUGGACUGCUCAACUUUGGUGUUUAUACUUCAUCUGGGUGUGAAGUUCUCUAGUAAAAAUUAUCUGUUUGAGAUGAUUUUUUUUCUUUAAUAUGUUCAGUAGAGCAGAUAUGUUACGGGGUUCAAGUCGUCAUGUGAUGCCGAACUUCAUUUCUAUCAUUUCUUCAUUGUUUUAUGGAUGCACAUUGAUUCUAUAAAUUUUGCAAGUGUUAAUUAUAAAAAAGAACAGUUAAUUUAAAA